AAGUACGAACCGUGCUAAUUUUGACAUAGCGAUCCGAAUUCCUCUGAACCUUUGAAUGUGCAGAUUGAAGUGAACUCUUUGUCUUUUAUCAGUAAAGUAAAUUGAGUUCACUGGUAGUCUAAGAAUGUCUAUUCGGGACCGGUCACUAUUUAUAGCGGAGGGGGGCGAAGAGAAAAUGGGUGGGUAAACAAAAUUUUAUGGGUGGAAGUGGGUGGAUUGAAUAGAAAUUCACCAAGCCAAGGGGUGGGUAAAGUAAAAAUCAUUAAGUCGGAAAAUACUAAAAUAUUUGUAUUAUUUGUUUUAUUAAGAUCGAAUAAAUAUUUACUUUAUAUAUCGAUUUGCAAAGUAUUCCAUUUCAACCUGCCAUAACAGUCAUGAUAAAGUGACGGAGUUCAUACUUGUUGGCUUUUUUGUUCUCUCAAAAACUCAAAUAAAUCAAUUUAGCUUUUAAAUAAGUAAAUUGACAAAAUUAAGUUUGGGUGGGUCUAAGAUUUUUGAAUAAGUGCUGGGGUCGUGUAGAGAAAAAAUUUUUUUUGAAGGUUGGGUCACUAAAAAAUUUGGCCAAGAAAAUGUUUCUCCUCAGUGCCCCCCGGUCAUAAAUAAUGACCAGUCCCUUAAGAAUAAGAGCUUUUGUAAAAGUAAAUGUAGUUUUGUCCCUUGCCAGCACUCUGUUCUGUUCUAAUACAUCUAUAGUUCUGUGAUUGUUAAAUAUUACAGUGUUUAGCCGUCAUUUACCAAGAAAAGCCUAGAUCUAUUCUGUUCUGUUCAUGUUACAUUGUUAAGCUAUAUAACUUACCAACACAAUGGGUGCCAUUCCCUUCAUUACCCGUGAUACAUUGACAGGUGUAGCUACCAAUCGUAUUCGUGCAAGUUGCCUUUACAUGACAGUUAUCGGUGUUGUCCGUACAUUCAUCGAUGUCUAUAUAAAACAUGACAAAAACUGUUACUUAUAUACAUGUGCAUAUACGACAACAUUACCAUCACCAUAUAGGCAAGACCAGUAACAUAAACAAGGACAACUGAAGAGAACAGAAACAUCGGCAAAGCAACAAAAACAGCGCAUCAUCAUCAUCGUCGUAAAAUAACAACAGCAACAAGAACAACAUUAACAACAAAUGCCAGCUACAUAAUUACAGUCCUCGCAAUUUCCGCCAUUUGCAAAAAGCAAUUUCCACCGAUAAUGCCGGCGAAAAUGAAAUUAUUGACGGUAAUUUUUUCCAAUGUUUAUCAAACACUAAUACACUAUUAUUUAUUAGUAGAAUCAUACUAUAUAUGAUGUUCAUAUAUACUAUCUAUGAUGUUCAUUAACAAGUGAAUAUGCAUAUUAAAAAUCAAUAUUUCAGGUUUCAAAUAAUCGUUUUGUUGUUAACAUGCAUCUUCAAAUUGCCCCUCAUCCCACCUCACCUCGACAGAAAGUUCCGUUCCCCGCAUAUCCUGUUCUACACUGGCAAUUGAAUCCUCCAAAGCUGUUGGAACAUGUGGCAAACGCGUGACAAUUAUGUAAUCCAGAGUUGCAUUCGUCGAUAUCUUCAAAAUAAAACCAGGAGUAAUUUAGAUUAAAUAAGCACAACACAGCUAUACCUGACAGUGCUACAUUGUAAAACCUGAAAUUUCCGAGAUUUUCCUGACUCUGUAUAGUGAAAUAUUUCAGACUAAAUAUUUUGUUAGCCGUUACAUUAAACGUUAUAAAAAAUUAAAACAAUACCCUGGCAAGUCCUUCCAUCUCCACUGAAACCAGCUUUACAUCUGCAAGUAUAACUUCCCAUGUUGUUGUCACAAAUACCAUCAUCACUACACAAGUCGAUACCCAGGGCACAUUCAUCAAUGUCUAAGAAGAGAAAAAAAGGACUGGAUAUAAAGACUUUAAUGACUUUUAGAUCUUUUUGGUUUAAUCACGUGUCGAAAUAAAAGACAAUAUGAAAUGGGAAAAUAAAGGAAAUAUUUCAAAUUUUAACAAAUUAGUUUCUUUAAGGUUAACGUAUAAAUUGCGAAGCGAAGUCAUAUCCAUUAAAGUUAGUUAAUAAAAAAGAUAUUUUGUAAAUUACUUUACCUGUACAAGAAACCCCAUUGCCGGUGAAUCCAACAUUACAUUGGCAUGUCCACGAACCAAUGGUAUCUGUACACGUGGCGUUCUCCUGACAGUUGUCAGUGCCAAAAGUGCAUUCGUUGAUGUCUAUAAGCAAGAGAUAAGCCUUAAUUUUGAAAUCGAAAAAGAAAAUUAUAAACUAACACAAACUAAUCUUUACAUACUACGACCAGAGAAAAUGCAAAGCAGUGUUCAGUGUUUAGAGUCAACCUCAGGUGAGCUUCUUCGAAUGUGAUUUAUGAGGGAGACCUUUUUGUUCAGACAUCUACACAAUGCUUCAAUUAAUCUCUUGUCGAAUAUGAACUGAACAGUAUGCAUUGCUCUAGUAACCCAUGGUGAGAUAAUGGAAUAAAUAGUCAUACCAUCAUCAAGAUUUUGUUAACUUGAAAGUAACACAAUAAUAAGCUCUAGGGGCUGGUUGUUCGAAGCUAAAUUUGGGUUAAAAUUUAACCUGUGGUUUUGAUUAGUUUAAUUUACUUAUAAAACUCAUUAAAAAUUCAAGAAGAAAAUACAUGGGAAACGAAUAAACCCUCUGCUUGUUUAUUUAUUCAUUACACUUAAUUGGACUUUACCCCAAAAGUUUUUGAAACAUUAAUAACCUAGUGUUUUCUGUACUAUAUAGAUGUCCACAACGUCGAGCAUAGAGAAGAAAGAAUUAAAAGAACUAAAACAGUUGACCUUAAAGUUCAAUCAAAAGUAUCAAGAUAUUGAAUGCGCAGAGAGCAUAGAAAUAAUAGACAUAGAAUGCGUGCUCCUAUCUUUUCUCAGUAAAAAAUUUAUCUCCACAAAAUGGCGCAUUGAAAAGGGCAUUUUGGUUGGUUCCAGACUCCUGAGGCAAGGAAUUUAAUUUCGCGCGGUUGCAGGGAGUGCGAAUUGUUUUUUUCAACUGAAAAGUUUGCAAAAAAUUUUAUAUCGGGACUUAAAAUGGAAAAAAGUUUGAUAAACUAAGAAAAAGUGUCUAAAAACCCAUUCCAGUGCGUUUUUUUUUUUACGAAAAGCAAUAGUUCUGAACAGAAUAUAUGCAGAAAUCAUCGUUUAAAAAUAAAUUUUCAAUGUUACUGAUGUUGUUGUGCAAGCCAAAACAAAACACGAAAGAUCAAGACAAACUCAAUAGGUAUGUUCUACAAAUAUUUCAACUCUUUUAUAAUAUAAAUGGAGUUCAAUAAUCUUUUUAAACUUACACAAUUAUAUUUCAUAUUUUUCUACGUUGCUUGAGCUUGAGGCAACGCUUUUGAAACCAUAGUUUUCAACGAUUAUUUUUAGGCAAUAUACAGUUUAUCGACAACUAAAUAUUUUUGUUUCAAGAACAUGAAAACACUUUGAAGAAAAACGAAACCCGACGAAGAAAGAACUAUCAUUUUGUAAUCUUAUAAGAUAUUAGCAAAACAGUUACAUUUAGAUCAUGCAAAAAUGUUUUAUGAGUAAAUUAUAUUUUCGCGAAUCUACUUUGUUUUUAAAAGGCUGCACGAUUUUCACCGUUUUAUAACUGCACAUUUUGCUUUGACAGCUUGUGCCUUCAAGGAACCGAAAAUCUAUCCCCAAACUACAAAUUAGACAACAAGACAAAACGUUUUGACGAAGAAAACGUAGUUUUAGCUUUGUUUAUACUUUGUAGUUUGCACUCCUGGCCAAAAUUCAAAAUGGCGCAUUCAAAAGGGCACGCACGGUGAAAAAGUGGAGACAUGAUUCGUCAUCAGCGCGCAUUCUAUGUCUAUUAUUUAGGGAGCUUUAAGCCCGUUCUCCACUAGGCGAAUUUAUUCGCACGAACAGAUAAAAAGUAGGAAGCGAUCCUACUUUUUCGCCGCGAAUUUUUUCGCCGACCAAUCACGUUGCCGGAUUUCGGUUUUCGCUUCGCGUCGCGCGAAUAAAUUCGCCUAGUGGAGAACGGGCUUUAGAUUUGACUACGAGUACGACUACGACUACGAGAUUCGUCAAGCUAAACGCAUGCUGCAUGCUUACGCCAUCCCGUACUGACGCUAAAAAGUCGUAGCCGUCGCCCAUCUGAGUACGAAAUUGUGGAGAAACCUCGUAGUCCUCACGACGACUUUUCAAAAAAAAACAAAGAAAGUUGGCUUUUUUUGUUUCCAAAAAUAAUUUGUAGCAUUUAUAUAGCGUUUAUCCGGCGCAAAUAAUAUAUUAGUACUAAAUAUCUGGCCUAUUUUUAAUGUUAUGAUUUAUUUACACGUUUUGUAGGGGAUUUUAGUCGACAGGAGAUUUAGUUUAAGAAACUUUUUCUCUAGUUGUUGAUUUACUGUUAUAAAAGCAACAUUUGAAUGGAAACGAAAACGGCUACGGUAAUUUCCUCGCACGCGAUCAAAUCUCGUACUCGUAGUCGUACUCGUAGUCAAAUCUAAAGCUCCCUAUUAUUUCUAUGGCAGAGAGCCAAUAUCAAUGAAUUCGCAGUCACAGUAAAAACGCUAAAAAUACUUUGAUAUUUUACUAUAAUAUUUUACUUUUAAGCUUUUAAUUUGCAACGAAAACUAAACCGGAUUCGUUUGCCCCAACGACUUGUGCGUUGUAUUGUACAAAUUUAAGCAAGUUUAUACAUGCCCAUAGCAUUAUAAACUUAAGUCAAUGAAACAAGCGUUCAGACAAGAGUAAAGUUGUGCAAAGUCUCCUGGAAUACAAAGGUCUGGGGCCGGUUGUAUAAAAAGUGAUUAACGUUAACUAUGAUUAAGUGGAAACGUCAUCCAAUAAGAAGCGCCUACUUGAGAGUUAAUCACUAUUUAACUACAAAAUAGUGAUUAAAAAAGUGAUUAAGACCCCGUUUACACUAGAGCGAAAUAUUCCGGAUUCAUCACAAAACCGAAACGUUUUGGCAUUGGAUUCAUAUAUGCGUUUACACAUACAGCGACGAAUCCGGUGGAAAAUCAUCUCGGUUGUAGGACAUAUAUCCGAAAACCUUGAAUCCGGGAAAAAAAGUAGAAACUUUGUAUCCGAAAACAUUUUAAUCCGAGACAAUUCUAUGUGUAAAUGGUUCUAAACGGAAAUUUGAAUUAAUCCGCAACCUUUUUUCGCCCGCGAAUAUACGAGUUUGCGGUUUUACCAUAGAACCAACAUGGAACGUUAUUGUUUUGUUGUCUUUGGUUUGUUGUUUAAUUCUAUUACAAAGAAGUAUUGUAAAUUUUGUAAUGGCCACGGGUAUAUUUUUAAGAAGGCGAAAGUUAUUGCAGAAUGCUAUUUUAAUUUCUGCAAAACUGGUACGAAAACGAAGAAAGUGGCAAAACCCAAGACCUCGACGAUUUUGGGUAAAACCAGGGAGAACAUCUUCUUGGUGGGACAAUAUGCUAAACGGUGUUUGUCUAUAUAGCGAUUGGAAAGAUAACUUUCGGAUGACGCGUUGUAACUUCGAAAAACUCUGCGAUGAUCUUCGACCUCUGCUUGAAAGACGCACAACAAGAAUGAGAAAAUUCCGAUUGUGUGUAAACGGACGAAUCCGAUAACUUUCUUGUUACCGCUUUAGUGUAAACGCCACAAAUCCGAAAACUCAAAUUCCAAUCAAAUCCGGAAACUUUUGCGAAUCCGAAAUCUUUCGCUCUAGUGUAAACGGGGUUUUUCGCAUUGGCCUCAAGGGCCUUUUUUAUGGCCUUGUGGCCCGAUUCUCUAGAACCCUCUUGGUGAGAAGUAUCCCAGCCUAUCGGGCCAGAAGGUCGUAGAAAAGGCCCUUGGGGACACUUUUCGCAUUGGCCCCAAGGGCCUUCUUUAUGGCCUUGUGGCCCGAUUCUCUAGAAUCCUUUUGGUGGGGAGGCUUGGUAGAAAGUGUCCCAGCCAAUCGGGACACAAGGCCAUAGAAAAGUGCCUUAAGGCCACUUCAUAAAAUGUAAUGUUGUUCAAAAAAUUGAUCAUUCGCCGGUUGGUUGUUGUUGGAGUUGUUUCAACCUAACAAUAUACGAAGGAAAUACAGUACUGUUGGAAACCUACUACAUAUUUCAAUGUAAAGAUGAAAAGAAUGAGAACGGCUGCAGACUCUGAUAGUCCUACAUCAGAGAGUGAUGUUGAGAAUUCGUAUAACACUGACAACGAAGUGGAAACUGAUUCUGCGUCAGAAAGUGAUUCUGAUAAUGUAGAUGAUACUAGUAGUGAAGUAGGUGAUGAAUACGAAAGCGAUUUAUGAGCUCCUUUAAAAGCUGGAGCAGCCCAACAUAGUUUAUCGGAAUUCGAAGAACUAACGCAGAAUUUCACUGCAGAAGGUUUUGACGAAAACGAAGCUAAAGACAAGGCAUACUUACUUACUUACUUAUCCUACCAAAACUUCGUAAAGAUUUGCAGAAUAUUUAUCUGGAACGUCUACUAUGGAUAAGACAACUAAAAAGGGAUCCAAUACACAAAAAGAUUAUGGAAACCAGGGAUGUCUUUGUCAACGAUAAUAAUUUCGACCACAGGGAAGCAUUAGAGGCCGCUAUUGACAAGAGGCCGUAUUAGAUAGAGUAUUGACAAAUUUCUUUUGAAAAGACUUUUCAGAAACACAUGGUAUCCUAGUGACAGUGACUCUUAAUGGUUGUUUGUGUUUGAUUUAUAAAAAUAAAAUAAAAUACGAUCCUGUGUGGUAGUUAUUUCCCCCUAACUCAUUUCUCUAACCCUCUCCCAAGUCCCGGCAAACCUCCAAAAAGGCCUUUGGGGCCACAACUAUUUAAUGUUAGGAAAUCAUUUAACAUUAUGCCUCAGAAGUGUAAAGAUUGUCCCAUCUGCGGCAAGCGAGCUUCAAAACGAUUGGCAAACCAUUUGGCAGACGUUCAUGAACUUUCGUCCCAAGAAAGACAACCUUAUCUUAUACGUGCUAAGCCAACAGCUUUAGACUUAGAAAAUGUUUUAACAGAGUUGUACAGAUUAAUUGGGAACAGUAAAAAGCAGUCAAAGUGGAAUAAAAGCGGGAUAAAGAAUAUACCCAUCCGUCAAACAAAAUCCUCCAGGAAAAGAACAAAAUCAAAUACAAAAUCUGCAAAGAACGUGGACAAUACAGAAAUGAAUGAUGGUUCAAAGGAGCGGUUAAAGUUAGAAACAAAAACGGGACAAAACUCGUAAGUGGAUAAUAUAUUUAUACAGACAAGAAUUAUUAACUUUUUAGUAUUAAAUAAAUAAAUGUGUUCUAAAAAUGAAAUCAUGUGCUUUUGCCUAUUCUAUACCUGCGCUCUGCGUCCACGCUUAUAAUAGCCCGGUAUUAUCCUUCAAUAUCCCUAUUAUGAUGUACAUUGUACGCUUCUUAUCGCUAAUGUCGUCUAAUGACCGUAGGUGUAUGCAAAUAGCGAACAUAACAACGCAUAGUAACACGUGCUGUGCUUACUUCGCUUGGUAUACGAAGUGACAAAUAUCGUUGUGACAAAUAGAUUCCUCGCUACCAUUUUGUAAACAUACGAAAGUUAAAUAGGCAAUAAUCACGGCCAAAGAUUGUAACAUUGAUCUCUCUGUAGACUUGUUCGAGGUUUUAUAGUGAUCAUUGUAUUUAUAUGAAACGAUAAAGUUUGCUUAUCAAUUUCAUUUCGUUUCAACUCAUCAAAAAUUGUAUCUAUGUUAUCCAUUGACUGUACUUGGAUCAAAUGCAUGUUUGGAAAAUUUUGUAGCUAGGCUAUGCCAACAUUAAUCCCUCUAUUGUAUCACACACGUGGAGGGACGCUAAAAAAUGUCUAAUCAGCAAGUUUUGUACGACCUUGCCUGAUAUUGCCUGCGUGACGUCAUUGCAUAUAUUAAGUGGAUGUAUGUUAAUUAAUUAGCGCACCCUCAGCACCAUUACGUACCCACACUCACCCUCACUCCACCACAAAAAUGUGGAGGUAUGUUAAUUACCUCACUAACCCUCACUCACCCUCACUCCAACACACUCCACCACACUCCACCACACACCACCACAAAAAUCCGGAUCGAUCGGUACCUACUAUACAACUAAAAAGGUACAAAACUUUAAACACAUGAAUGAAAGAUUUACUUACUAGAACAAUUAAAUCCAUUUCCAGAAUAUCCACUAUUACAUUGACAAACAAAAGAACCUUCAGUGUCAGUACAGCUGGAAUUGACAUGACAUGGGUUGGUUAAACAUUCCUCAAUGUCUAGAGGUAAUAAUAAAAAUAACAAACAAUAAAUGAUUAAUGCAACAGUUCAAAAUUGUAGACAUACAAAUGAAGAAGUUACUUACUAGAACAAUUAAAUCCAUUUCCAGAAUACCCAGCGUGACACUGACAAAUAAAAGAACCUUCGUUGUCCAUACAGCUGGCAUUGACAUGACAUGGGUUGCUCAAACAUUCAUCAAUGUCUAGAGAAAAUAAUAAAAAUAACAAACAAUAAAUUAUUACCGCAACAGUAAAAAAUUGUAGCCACACAAAUGAAAGAAUUACUUACUAGAACAAUUAAAUCCAUUUCCAGAAUACCCAGCGUGACAUUGACAAACAAAAGAACCUUCGUUGUUUAUACAGCUGGCAUUUACAUGACAUGGGUUGGUCAAACAUUCAUCAAUGUCUAAAAAAAUGAGAGAAAUAACAAACAGUAAGUAAUCAGUAGAAAGGUAUAACAUUUUAGAUACACGAAUGAACUAUUUACUUACUCGAACAAUUAAAUCCAUUUCCAGAAUACCCACUAUCACAUUGACAAACAAAAGAACCUUCGGUGUCAGUACAGCUGGCAUUGACAUGACAUGGAUUGGUCAAACAUUCAUCAAUGUCUAGAAAAAUAAUAGAAAUCACGAACAAUGAGUGAUUAAUAGAAAGGUGCGACAUUUUAGAUACAUGAAUGAAAUAUUUACUUACUAGAACAAUUAAAUCCAUUUCCAGAAUACCCAUUAUUACAAUGACAAACAAAAGAACCUUCGUUGUCUAUACAGCUGGCGUUGCCAUGGCAUGGGAUGGUCAAGCAUUCAUCAAUGUCUAGAAAAAAACAAUAGAAAUAACAAACAAUAAGUGAUUAGUAGAAAGGUACAACACUUUAUGCAUGAAUGAAAGAUUACUUACUAGAACAAUUAAAUCCAUUUCCAGAGUACCCACUAUUACAUUCACAAACAAAGGAACCUUCGGUGUCACUACAGCUGGCGUUGACAUGACAUGGGUUGGUCAAACAUUCAUUAAUGUCUAGAGGAAAUAAUAAAAAUAACAAAUAAUAAAUGAUUACCGCAGCAGUUCAAAAUUGUAGACACACAAAUGAAAGAUGCUUAUGAUGUUACUCUGAGUGUAUAUCCACACCAGGCAAGCCCGAAAAACAUGCCUGGCCACGGUGGGAAUUGAACCUUCGACCUUUGGAAUACUAGCCCAAUGCUCUACCAACUGAGCUACGCGGUCAGGUCGGUUCGAAUAUGUGAUAUUUCGGAACUGAGUUUAGUUCCUUCGAUAUCGAUGUAAUCUAGUAAUCAUGAAUUUUUUCUGUUGGUAUGAGAGCAUUGGGCUAGUAUUCCAAAGGUCGUAGGUUCAAUUCCCAUCGUGGCCAGGCAUGUUUUUUUAGAAAAAAACAAAUGAAAGAGUUACUUACUAGAACAAUUAAAUCCAUUUCCAAUAUACCCAGCGUGACACUGACAAACAAAAAAACCUUCGUUGUCCAUACAGCUGGCAUUGACAUGACAUGGGUUGGUCAAACAUUCAUCAAUGUCUAGAAAAAUAAUAGAAAUAACAAACAAUAAGUGAUUAAUAGAAAGGUACAAUAUUUGAGAUACAUGAAUGAACUAUUUACUUACUGGAACAAUUAAAUCCAUUUCCAGAAUACCCACUGUUACAUUGACAAACAAAAGAACCUUCGGUGUCAGUACAACUGGCAUUGACAUGACAUGGGUUGGUUAAACAUUCAUCAAUGUCUAGAGAAAACAAUAAAAAUAACAAACAAUAUGAUUAAUGCAACAGUUCAAAAUUGUAGACAUACAAAUGAAGGAGUUACUUACUAGAACAAUUAAAUCCAUUUCCAGAAUACCCAGCGUGACACUGACAAACAAAAGAACCUUCGUUGUCCAUACAGCUGGCAUUGACAUGACAUGGGUUGCUCAAACAUUCAUCAAUGUCUAGAGAAAAUAAUAAAAAUAACAAACAAUACAUUAUUACCGCAACAGUAAAAAAUUGUAGCCACACAAAUGAAAGAAUUACUUACUAGAACAAUUAAAUCCAUUUCCAGAAUACCCAGCGUGACAUUGACAAACAAAAGAACCUUCGUUGUCCAUACAGCUGGCAUUUACAUGACAUGGGUUGGUCAAACAUUCAUCAAUGUCUAAAAAAAAUGAGAGAAAUAACAAACAGUAAGUAAUCAGUAGAAAGGUAUAACAUUUUAGAUACACGAAUGAACUAUUUACUUACUCGAACAAUUAAAUCUAUUUCCAGAAUACCCACUAUUACAUUCACAAACAAAAGAACCUUCGGUGUCAGUACAGCUGGCAUUGACAUGACAUGGGUUGGUCAAACAUUCAUCAAUGUCUAGAAAAAUAAUAGAAAUCACGAACAAUGAGUGAUUAAUAGAAAGGUGCGACAUUUUAGAUACAUGAAUGAAAUAUUUACUUACUAGAACAAUUAAAUCCAUUUCCAGAAUACCCAUUAUUACAAUGACAAACAAAAGAACCUUCGUUGUCUAUACAGCUGGCGUUGCCAUGGCAUGGGAUGGUCAAGCAUUCAUCAAUGUCUAGAAAAAAACAAUAGAAAUAACAAACAAUAUGUGAUUAGUAGAAAGGUACAACACUUUAUGCAUGAAUGAAAGAUUACUUACUAGAACAAUUAAAUCCAUUUCCAGAGUACCCACUAUUACAUUCACAAACAAAGGAACCUUCGGUGUCACUACAGCUGGCGUUGACAUGACAUGGGUUGGUCAAACAUUCAUUAAUGUCUAGAGGAAAUAAUAAAAAUAACAAACAAUAAAUGAUUACCGCAGCAGUUCAAAAUUGUAGACACACAAAUGAAAGAUGCUUAUGAUGUUACUCUGAGUGUAUAUCCACACCAGGCAAGCCCGAAAAACAUGCCUGGCCACGGUGGGAAUUGAACCUUCGACCUUUGGAAUACUAGCCCAAUGCUCUACCAACUGAGCUACGCGGUCAGGUCGGUUCGAGUAUGUGAUAUUUCGGAACUGAGUCUAGUUCCUUCGAUAUCAAUGUAAUCUAGUAAUCAUGAAUGUUUUCUGUUGGUAUGAGAGCAUUGGGCUAGUAUUCCAAAGGUCGUAGGUUCAAUUCCCACCGUGGCCAGGCAUGUUUUUUGAGAAAAAAACAAAUGAAAGAGUUACUUACUAGAACAAUUAAAUCCAUUUCCAGAAUACCCAGCGUGACACUGACAAACAAAAAAACCUUCGUUGUCCAUACAGCUGGCAUUGACAUGACAUGGGUUGGUCAAACAUUCAUCAAUGUCUAGAAAAAUAAUAGAAAUAACAAACAAUAAGUGAUUAAUAGAAAGGUACAAUAUUUGAGAUACAUGAAUGAAACAUUUACUUACUGGAACAAUUAAAUCCAUUUCCAGAAUACCCACUGUUACAUUGACAAACAAAAGAACCUUCGGUGUCAGUACAACUGGCAUUGACAUGACAUGGGUUGGUUAAACAUUCAUCAAUGUCUAGAGAAAAUAAUAAAAAUAACAAACAAUAUGAUUAAUGCAACAGUUCAAAAUUGUAGACAUACAAAUGAAGGAGUUACUUACUAGAACAAUUAAAUCCAUUUCCAGAAUACCCAGCGUGACACUGACAAACAAAAGAACCUUCGUUGUCCAUACAGCUGGCAUUGACAUGACAUGGGUUGGUCAAACAUUCAUCAAUGUCUAGAGAAAAUAAUAAAAAUAACAAACAAUACAUUAUUACCGCAACAGUAAAAAAUUGUAGCCACACAAAUGAAAGAAUUACUUACUAGAACAAUUAAAUCCAUUUCCAGAAUACCCAGCGUGACAUUGACAAACAAAAGAACCUUCGUUGUCCAUACAGCUGGCAUUUACAUGACAUGGGUUAGUCAAACAUUCAUCAAUGUCUAAAAAAAAUGAGAGAAAUAACAAACAGUAAGUAAUCAGUAGAAAGGUAUAACAUUUUAGAUACACGAAUGAACUAUUUACUUACUCGAACAAUUAAAUCCAUUUCCAGAAUACCCACUAUUACAUUCACAAAUAAAAGAACCUUCGGUGUCAGUACAGCUGGCAUUGACAUGACAUGGGUUGGUCAAACAUUCAUCAAUGUCUAGAAAAAUAAUAGAAAUCACGAACAAUGAGUGAUUAAUAGAAAGGUGCGACAUUUUAGAUACAUGAAUGAAAUAUUUACUUACUAGAACAAUUAAAUCCAUUUCCAGAAUACCCAUUAUUACAAUGACAAACAAAAGAACCUUCGUUGUCUAUACAGCUGGCGUUGCCAUGGCAUGGGAUGGUCAAGCAUUCAUCAAUGUCUAGAAAAAAACAAUAGAAAUAACAAACAAUAUGUGAUUAGUAGAAAGGUACAACACUUUAUGUAUGAAUGAAAGAUUACUUACUAGAACAAUUAAAUCCAUUUCCAGAGUACCCACUAUUACAUUCACAAACAAAGGAACCUUCGGUGUCACUACAGCUGGCGUUGACAUGACAUGGGUUGGUCAAACAUUCAUUAAUGUCUAGAGGAAAUAAUAAAAAAUAACAAACAAUAAAUGAUUACCGCAGCAGUUCGAAAUUGUAGACACACAAAUGAAAGAUGCUUAUGAUGUUACUCUGAGUGUAUAUCCACACCAGGCAAGCCCGAAAAACAUGCCUGGCCACGGUGGGAAUCGAACCUUCGACCUUUGGAAUACUAGCCCAAUGCUCUACCAACUGAGCUACGCGGUCAGGUCGGUUCGAGUAUGUGAUAUUUCGGAACUGAGUCUAGUUCCUUCGAUAUCAAUGUAAUCUAGUAAUCAUGAAUUUUUUCUGUUGGUAUGAGAGCAUUGGGCUAGUAUUCGUAGGUUCAAUUCCCACCGUGGCCAGGCAUGUUUUUUGAGAAAAAAAAACAAAUGAAAGAGUUACUUACUAGAGCAAUUAAAUCCAUUUCCAGAAUACCCAGCGUGACACUGACAAACAAAAGAACCUUCGUUGUCCAUACAGCUGGCAUUGACAUGACAUGGGUUGGUCAAACAUUCAUCAAUGUCUAGAAAAAUAAUAGAAAUAACAAACAAUAAGUGAUUAAUAGAAAGGUACAAUAUUUUAGAUACAUGAAUGAAAUAUUUACUUACUGGAACAAUUAAAUCCAUUUCCAGAAUACCCACUGUUACAUUGACAAACAAAAGAACCUUCGGUGUCAGUACAACUGGCAUUGACAUGACAUGGGUUGGUCAAACAUUCAUCAACGUCUAGAGAAAAUAAUAAAAAUAACAAACAAUAUAUGAUUACCGCAAAAGUUCAAAAUUGUAAACACAGAAAUGAAAGUGUUACUUACUAGAACAAUUAAAUCCAUUUCCAGAAUACCCAACGUGACACUGACAAACAAAAGAACCUUCGUUGUCCAUACAGCUAGCAUUGACAUGACAUGGGUUGGUCACACAUUCAUCAAUGUCUAGAAAAUUAAUAGAAACAAUAAAAAACAAGGAAUUAGUAAAAGGUACAAAAUUUUAGACACAGAAACAAAAUAUCUACUUACUAGAACAAUUAAAUCCAUUUCCAGUAUACCCACUAUGACAUUCACAAAGAAAAGAACCUUCACUGUCAGUACAACUGGCAUUAACAUGGCAUGGCUUAGUCAAACAUUCAUCUAUGUCUAGGAAAUUAAAGAUUACAAUGAAUUACUUAAUGAGCAGGAAAUGAAUUACUGAAUUAUAAACAAUCAAGAAGAAUGGACAAGAGACGCCAUUGUUUUUCGGAUUGCCAUUUGUGAUAAAAACUGGACAGGCUGCAGUCACAAUUAUACUAUGUUUUUUAAAGGGAAAAGUGUACAGUAUUAAAUUAACUAUUUUUUCUUAGCAUUGCCAUUGUUACUGAGGAAUCUCGUUUUUAUGACUUUACGAAAAAAAAAUUGGUUUUCAAAUUAUUAUUCGUUAUUUACUUUGACAACAUAUGUAACAAUGAGUGCAUGGUUUGUAUAGUUAUCAUGCCAGCUUGCUGGUAAUUUCCCACCAAUAUAAAAUCAAAGACAAACACGUUUAGUGGUAGUGUUGUAAAUCUAUUAUUAGAGAAUCAGACCAUCUAAACGAAAAACAAUUUCACAUGACAAAGCGUGAGUUAUGUAGUUUUUACUGGAUACUUCAACAACAAUAAUUCAACAGGAUUCCUUAUGAAACAGAGAAGUGGACAUCUACAACUUGUGUUUUCAUUUCAUAGACAUAUGUUUGUGGUUAAAAUAUUUCAUUUACAAAACAAAACACAUCAUUCCUUUUAAGUUACAAGAUUUUAGCUCAUAUCACCAAUGCUGUUGUUCAGACUGAUUUAAAUAUUCAUAUUUGUUUAUUAUGCGAAAUACGAACGCGUACGGGGACCCGGGAUCCCGGGGAAAAGCCCCGAAAAUUCCCGGAUGAAAGUGUGCUCGAGAGAAAAAUUAUAGUUUUUAGUGUGUUUUUGGUUUGGAAAUCACAGAAUAUAUUCAUGUUUCUUUAUAAAAUUUUGGUACUUUUCUUAGUUUAAUUUCAUUUAAUGUUGCCCCAGUCGUUAGUUGGGAUGGCCCUAAGCUGGUGGUAACAUUAAAUGGUCCUUCUACGUCGGAUUGAAUUGGUAUAGUGGAAUUAUUUGUAGGAUAUAAAUAUGUCUGUUCAUGGUUCUGAAGCAAAUCGUGUGGUUGAAAGUGAAUUUGGUAGCGUUUCUUGGAAGAAACAUGUAUUCGAAGUAAAAGAUCGGUAGUUAAGAGGAGAAUAACUACAACUUUACGUAAAUUGGAGGGACUUGUAUCGAAAUUUGAUAGCAAGACAAUAAUAAAAUGGUAUGUGACUAAUUUAUCUGAAUAUUUAAAAGAGGCUGAGGCACUUAAUACUCAACUUCUCGCUCUGGUACAUGAAAGUGAGCAUGAAGCUGUUUUAAUCUGGUAUGAAGAACAAUUAGAAAGAGUCAAUGAUGCCAAAUUAGAGGCUGAAAGUCAUCUUGAGGGGCGCUUACAUGAAGUAUCCUCAGUCGCAGGAACAUUUCCUGGCAUGCAAGAAAAUUCGCAAAUACCGAACUUAAUAAGUUCAAAAUCUGUAAUGACAUGUAGUUCAAAAUCAAGUGGAAAAGGAAUUGAAGUUCAUGCGAAAGCCUUUGCCACAGAUUUAAAGGCUAAAAAUUAAUGGAAGAAGAAGAGAAAAGAAAACAAGAGUUGGGAAAACAAUUAGAACUUGAGAAAAAUGUAGCUAUGGCUAAAGUAAUAGCUGAAAGAGCAAAACUCGAGGCUGAUGAAAGACGAAAGGUCCAGCAAGCGAAGGAUGAAUGGAUGCGUCUAAGGGCGGAAGCAGAGAUCCUGGAAAAUAAAGAGGACAACCCAGAAAGUUUGUCAAACAGACUACGUGACUUUGAAAAUGAACCAAAUGAUAAAGAACAACCUCCAACAGUACAUCAGCAAAGUCCUCUGAGGAAUAUAACAGAAAAAUCAGCACCAGUGAAAGUUGCUGAAAAUGCUACUCUUAAAAGAACAUUAAACGGUCAAGUUGGUCAGAAACUUCCUAGUGGAAAUAGUGUACCAAGUAUAUAUGUUCAACCCAGCUCUAAUAAUCUGCCAAGAUUAAAAUUAUCCACUUUUGAUUGGGACUCUCUUAAGUGGCUUGAUUGGUCUUCUAUGUUCAAAUCAAUGGUUGGUGAUGCAAACCUAUCCCUAAAUGCCAAAAUGCAGCAUUUGCAGAAUUCAGUUACGGGUAGAGCUAAGACUUCAAUCGAAGGGUAUGGCUAUAGUGGUGAUUCAUAUAACAAAGCACUGUCUGAGCUGGAAUCCAGAUUUGGUAAACCAUCAUUAGUCAUCAAAGCCACUCUUGGUAAGUUGAGAACCUUCAAUCGCUUACAAGAUAAUGAUCCAGAAAGUGUUCGAAGCUACUCUGAUGUUGUGUCAACUACUGUAUGGACGCUGUCAAGAUUUGGUUAUGUGAGUGAUAUUAAUGCGGAAGCAAACCUGUCGUUGGCUACAUACAAGUUAUCAAAUGAACUGCUACUAAAAUGGAAAGAACAUGUCAAGGAUGGCAAACUAGACCGUCCAAACUUGAGCCAUUUCCCAGAUUGGCUCAAGGGGCAAGCUGAUAUUUAUGAUGAGUGUGCAAGGUCAUCAAAGAAGAAUUUCAAGAGCAGUAUGGCCCAUCAAAUAGAGGAGAAAAUCAAACUGUGUUAUCAUGCAUAAUGUUGGAUGGAAGUAAACAUAGCCUUAGUGAAUGCGCGAAGUUUAAGAGUUUACCUGUCGAAGACCGACUUGUGGAAGUUAGGAAACAUCGACUGUGUUUUUGAUGUUUAAGUAAGGAACAUUGGUCAAACAAAUGUCCUGUAAGAAAGCAAUGUCAAAUAAAUGGUUGCAAAGGAUAUCAUCACAGUCUUUUGCACAGAAUGGAAAAUAAGGAACCUGGCUCUGGAAAUAAACCACCUGAAAGAGAAGAGAACAUUGGAGCAACGUUUGAAAGUAAACAAUGUUCGCAGGUCAAAAGGGGUAUGGUUACACCUGUCACUCUACAUGGUCCAAAUGAAUAUUUGAACACCCAUGCAAUGUUGGACAGUGGUAGUACAUGCAGUUUGGUCUUAUCUAGUGUUGCUGAAAAGUUUGGUUUGGAAGGUUCAGAGGAACGAAUUAUCCUGAAUGGAAUUCAGGGAACUUCUGAACUAAAUUCGAGACGAGUUAAUACUCAAGUAAGUGCAGUCAAUAUGGCGAGACCACGUUUUGAAGUGAAUGGAGCAUUGGUUGUUGAGCACUUGAAUAUCGCCCAGCAGAAGGUGAACUUGGUGGAUGUAAAGUCUAAAUGGCCGCAUCUAAAGGAAAUAGACAUCCCGGAAGCGAGUAGUUGUGAUGUUUCGUUGCUUAUUGGUGGUGACUGUCUAGACAUUAUCUUACCCAUUGAGACACGAUGUGGUCCUAGAGGAACUCCAGUUGGAAUUCGUACAAAGCUUGGUUGGACGAUAACUGGACCUCUUCCUGGUUAUAUUCGGACAUCCCAGGGUAUCUUCCAUACUUAUGUUUGUUCACCUGAUGAAGAGCUUCACAACCAAGUAAAGUCGUGGUGGCGUACUGAGGAAUUUGGAUGCAAGUAUGACGUGGAAACCCAAAGGUCGGUUGAAGAUGAGAAUGCAAUGAGGAUCCUGGAAGAGACAACAAAGAAAGUCGAUGGUAGAUAUGAAGUUCCACUCCUCUGGAAGAAGAAUGGUGGAUCUAUGCAGAAUAAUCGAACAGUAGCUGAACAUCACCUUGCAUUGUUGGAAAGGCGAUUACAACGUGAUCCGAACCUGGCUGAAGCAUACAAAGAGACUAUCCAUAGCGACCUGGAGAAAGGAUAUGUUAAAAGGGUUGUUCUUAAUGAAGGUGCUACUGAAGAGAAGCAAUGGUAUUUACCGCAUCAUCCGGUUUUGAAUCCAAAUAAGCCUGGAAAGGUUAAACGAGUUUGCGAUGCUGCCUGUAGAUAUCAAGGAUCCUCACUUAACGAUCAUCUUAUAACUGGUCCUGAUCUACUUAAUUCCUUAACAGGAAUUUUUAUGAGAUUCCGUGAAGAAAAGAUUGCAUUUUAUCGGCGGACAUUGAAGUAAUGUUUAGUCAAGUCGCUGUGCCGAAAGAGAAUCAACCGGUACUACGUUUCUUGUGGCGUGAUUCUACUUACUCGGACACGGAAACUUACGAAUAUCAAAGGCAUAUAUUCGGAGCUAAGUGUGCUCCUACCUGUGCUAAUUAUGCACUUUGUCGAAAUGCCAAGGAUAACGAACACGAAUUUCCUGAUGCAGCCGCUGCUGUUGAACGUAAUUUCUACAUGGACGACUUCUUUAAGUCUGUUGAUUCGGUAACGAGAGCUAUUAAGCUUUGCAAUGAAUUGGUUGAGCUGUGCCAGAGGGGAAAGUUUCGUCUAACAAAGUGGAUUUCCAACGAUCGCCAUGUAAUUGAGAAGGUACCGGAAAUCGAACGAGCUGUAUCUGUUAAGACAAUGAACGAGUGUAUGGAUAUGCCUGUUGAGAGAGCACUCGGUGUUGGUUGGGACACACAAAGAGAUAAUUUUGUGUUCAUUGUCAAGAAAAGACCUUCAGCCCAAACCAGAAGGCAACUUUAAGGUAUCAUGGCAUCACUGUUCGACCCUCUUGGCUUCUUAGCGCCAUUUUUGGUGAGAGCAAAGAUUCUUCUUCAAAGAGUCUGGCAGCUUGGAUUGGCUUGGGACGACCAUCUACCACAAGAUCUGUUGGAAGAAUGGCAACUAUGGGAAGCGAAGUUGCUCAUGAUCAGGGAAUUUUCUGUUCCAAGAUUCCAUAGACAGGUCGAUGAAUACCCAGGAGAUAUUGAAGUCCACAUCUUUGGGGACGCCAGUGAACUAGCGUUUUGCUCGGUUGGAUUCCUACGGUUUAAGUAUGCAGAUGGAUCAGUUAAGUGUGUUUUCGUGAUCGUGUUGCACCAACAAAGAAGUUAAGCAUAUCGAGACUCGAGUUGCAAGCUGCAGUCCUGUGUGUGAGAUUAGCGAGUGUGAUUAUCAAAGAGCAUGACUAUAAAUUUAGCUCGAUUCACGUUUGGUCUGACAGCACAACUGUACUGCAUUGGAUGCGUGGGACUCGACAAGACAUCCGUCAUUUAUCGCAAAUCGGCUAAGUGAGAUUUUGGAUGCGACAGAAGCCAGUCAGCGGCAUUACUGCCCAAGCAAGUUGAACCCAGCGGACGAUGGUACUCGAGGGCUGCCAGUUUUAUCCAUUACGACAAGUAGUCAAUGGCUUACGGGACCCGAGUUCCUAUUGCUUGAUGAGUCACAAUGGCCGGAAGACGUUACAAACCGGGUGGUCAACGAUAACAUUCCAGUGGCUGUUACAGAAAGCGAUGUUCAGUUUACCGGGAAAACGACAGCUCAGAGUGAACCGUAAGAACUAGUUAACCUUGCCAGGUACUCUUCGUACUCUCGCGCCUUGACUGUUAUAGUGUAUGUGCAACGAUUUCUGCGUAACUGCAAAGUACCCGUGUCUGAAAGAACGUUUGGUAGUCCGUUAGUCGAAGAGCUCGAAAAAGCAAUGAAAAUUCUCAUUCGCCAAGAGCAAAUUACAACAUUCACUUCGGAAUUUAGAGAGCUUAAACGUGGACGUCCUGUGCACAAGCAAAGUAAAUUAGUAUCUUUGCCCUUCUUAGACGAAGAUGACAUAAUACGCGUUGGUGGUCGCAUUGGGAAAGCUGCUAUACCUUUUGUUACUCGGCAUCCGAUCGUAUUGGAUUCUAGUGGUGAUCUAACCAAACUAAUUGUCAUGGAUACCCACAAGCUUAGACACGCGGGAGUGGACAAUGUUCGAAACGAGCUUCGACAGCAGUUCUGUAUCCUUCGCUGUAAAGCCACGGUUAAGAAGAAUCUUCAUAGUUGUUGGUUGUGCAAACUACGCCGUACAGUGCCACGUCCACCGAUAAUGGCUGACUUGCCACGCGACUGGUUGUUGGUGAGUCCUCCGUUUACGAAAGUUGGCGUUGAUUACUUUGGCCCGCUACAGGUGAAAUAUGAAAGAAAGCAUUUAAAAGGUACAUUUGCCUCUUCACCUGUCUCGUGACACGAGCGGUCCAUUUGGAAGUAGCAUUCUCUCUCGAAACUGACUCUCUUAUUAUGUAUCUCCAAAGGUUUGUGGCACGGAGAGGUAAUCCUCAAGUCAUCUAUUUGGAUAAUGGAAAAAAUUUCGUGGGAGCCGAUCGGGAGCUCAAGGAGUGAAUUGAAAAUUGGAAUCAAUGUCAAAUCGCUAAGGAACUUAGUCAAAAGGGAACAAAAUGGGUAUUCAACCCCCCAGCAUCACCUCACAUGGGAGGAGCAUGGGAGAGACUAGUGCGUUCGUGUAAGACAACAUUCAAAGCAGUGUUAAAGAAACAAGUGUUGACCGAUGAAGUCCUGGCAACUACAAUGGCAGAAGUGGAAUCAUUAGUAAACAAUCGCCCUCUGACCGAAGUUAGCUCCGAUGUUGAUGCAAUGGAAGCGAUUACGCCAAAUCAUUUCCUUUUAGGACGUCCUAGUAUAA